GCGAGCUCCCCCCAUCGUUUGACACUUUGUUGAGGUUAUUUAAUUUGUGGUUAUUUUGUUGUUUUCAUUAUAAAGAACGAAAGAACUUGUAGUGUAUUGUAUCAUUUGUAUGUUUUGUGGUAGAAACUGGACAUCCUAUUUUAUUUGGAUGACUAUUAUUUAAAAAUGACAAAGUUAUUCAAUACAGUGCGUGUAUUACAAAGUAGCCGCUUACAAUUAUUACUACGAUGCUACAGUCAAACUGUAUCAAAUUUCGAAGAAUAUUAUCAGCACCACCACAUACCGACAAACUCUUUUCAAAAGAUACUUUUAACUGCCGGGUCUGCUGCUGUUAGCCUACUAAAUCCCUUUAGAGCAGACAUGAUAGCCUGUUUAGGGGAGACUAGCGGAGUAACUGCAUCCAGGUACAUUUUAGAGAAAAUGAAAGAAUCCGAAGAAGGAUCCAGGAUAUUGGCUGAUCAGCCAAGGAUCAACACUAACACCAUAGACCUGAGUUAUCUUCGAAAUUUACCUGAAGGUACAUUAGGAAAGACGUAUUUCAAUUUCCUGGUGACAAAUAAAGUAACACCUGACUCUAGAGAUCCAGUUAGGUUUGUUGAUGAUAUUGAGUUAGCAUACGUUCUGCAGAGAUAUAGGGAAGCUCACGAUUUAAUACAUACUGUGCUCCAAAUGCCAACAAAUAUGCUGGGAGAGGUAACAGUAAAAUGGGUAGAAGCGCUACAGUUCAAGUUACCAAUGUGCGUAGCCGGUGGAAUUUUUGGUGCUAUUAGACUGAAGCCUAAGCAACGUCAAAAUUAUGUCAAAUAUUACCUACCAUGGGCUAUUGAUACUGGACAAAAUGCUAAAUUCCUAAUGAAUGUUUAUUAUGAGGAAAGAUGGGAGCAAUCACUUGAUGAAUUUCAUAAUGAGUACAAUAUAAAGCCGUUAAUCAUUGAAAAAAAAUACGAGUAAUUGAGGUAUCAUUCUGUAGUGAGGUUAAAAGCAAUCUGUGAUGUUAAAUAAAAUGCCAAAGUGAACUAUGAGUAGAAAUAUCACUUUUUGCUCUGAGAGCAUGGCAAAAACAGUAAUAAUAGGAACUCCCAGAAGCAUUACAGAUGCAUAUUUGAUGAUUAUAACCAAACCCAAAAAUAUAUGUCUACAUUUCUGUUGUUUAAUUUGAUCAAUUAUUUCUUCCCUUCAGUUUCAAGUGUAAAAUAAAAAGUAUGUCAUGUUGAAGUGUCUUUGUUUGGCAGCUUUCUCUCUAAGGGAGUUCAACAGGUGCAGUUAGGCAGUGCCAGGUCUCACUAUCUCAGGGUGGUCAUUGUUUUCAGUAUUCUUUAAUAUUUUGAUAAAUGAGAUUUCAGUUUAUGUUGAAAACAGUGAAUUUGUUGUUAGCGGAUUUAAUUUAAAAUUUUAUUGGAAGGUUGGUGUGAGCAGGAUUUGAUUUUUUUGCAAAGUGUCUUGAAUAGGCUGGGAGAUUAUUGUGUUAAUAAUGAUUUAUCAUUAAAUAUUGGUAAAUGUAACCACAUUAGUUUAUAUAAAAUACAUAAAAUGAUGGACUCCUGUUACACUAUACAAAAGACCAAUCUUGAAUAUUUCAAGGUCAUAAAAGGUCUUGGUAUACUUUUCAAAGUUGAUUCAUUUUUUUAACUGCUUGCAGGACUCGUCAAACGGAGAUGAUAUACAAAAAAUCGCCUAUUUAAAAGUUGUAUCAUAAAAUAAAUAGGAAACGAUAAAAAAUUUUGAAAUAUAUUUUUUUCCCCGAGAUUAAAUGGUCAAGA